AAAGUAACAAUUAAAUAAUAAAAUAUCAAAAAGAAAGAAUUUAAAGGGAAUGGCCGACUGGCUGAGUGUAAUUUGUCCAAUUUGCAGAAUAGAUUUAUUGUUAGCUGGUCAUACUUUGGAGCUAUUGUUUUCGUUUGCUGGCACAGCAAUUUUCGUUUGUUAAGCAGAAUUCGGAUAAUUAGGGUCGCGAUAUGAACAACAGCCCCAAGGAUCCCCACGGCGGCUACCGGGGCAUUGGAGGCGGUGGACCCCUGGACGGCGGAUCAGCCGGUGUUUCUAUCAGCAUUGAGAGUGAUGACAAUGACUCAACUACGGCUGAACACGAAUUUUUGCUGCCGUCCUCGUCGUCGAUGACCUCUGCAGGUGGAGUCGCAGGGGGAGGACCAGCUGGGGCAGGUGGUUCUGCCAACACCAGCAUUAACUUGGAUCACGGGCCGAUUUCUACGGGAAGGAGUAGCAGCCUAAGUGGCGCUAACCGUCACGGAAAUAUCCUGUCUACAUUCUUGGCCAGGCAACGGUCUUACACACCAGCCAGCACAAGUAGCGGCAUGUCGGCGCGUGCUUCUGCACAAAUAAAUCGUCGAUUGCAACAGUCACGCAGCAUGGGCGCCAACGCCAGUGGCAGCCUUGAGGAACCACCGGUUGCAGGUGCAGCUUCCAAUGCUCAGGGAGCCUCCCCUGGAGGUGUAAGGCAGCUUGGUUUCUGGCGGGUCAAUCUCAACGAUGUGUUCUCCCUAUCCACGGCACCGUCGAGAGAGGCUCUCCGAUCCUUAAUAACACAUUCCAACUUCAGAUACCAGCCUGCAGCAGCCCCCGCUGGAGCCCCGCCAGUUGUUCCUCCAGCUCCAGUUGACAACUCGCACAUAUUGCUUCAGCAGCAACCGCCUCCAACCCAUCCCGAACCGACGAGCUCCCCCCUGAGGUAUGGACGAGUGAGCGCUGGGUCAGGACCCAGUCCUAGUGGAAUCAUCGGCAGAAGUAUUUCAUUGCGCGAGGGUGAAAUGAGACACAAUCAAAACCUCACCGGUGGCCGACACACCGCCAGUGUCAUCGGUCUGCAUAGCAAUCCGGUGGCUUUAGAAGAGCACGAACACAAUGCUGGACAAGAUAUGGAAGAUUCCGACGCCAAUGGAGAACCAGGAGGAGGAGGGGCCGCAGGAGGUGAUCCCCAGAUGGAGCCCCAUGACCAUGCAGCAGAAGAUGAAAAUCUCAUAUCAGACGACAUGGUUGUCCAGAUCCUCAGUCACUUUGUACGCUAUCUUCCACUGAUCUUCAUAUUGAUGAUCAAAUUCAUACACGAUCACCUGCUCGGCAUUAUAGAUCUUAUGGUAUUGCAAACCGUCAUUUAUAACGUUAACAGAUCGGUGCGGACACAAGUAGCGAGACUAGCCCAGAAGAACUACGCUGUGAUGAUACGAGAUGCCUGCCUGAUUUCCGUGGUGGUCACCCUGCGUCUGUUUUUGGCCACUGCGCCUCCUGAUCCCUUUGGUCUGAUUGUUCCGCCACCCAGAAAGUAUUUUAGUCUGGAGAUCACCGCAUUGCCUUAUCACACGGAACACACUGAGGCAGAAAAGCUAGCUGGAAACCCAACCACUUCAUCGGAAACCCUAAAGGCUUCCAUAUCCACGGAUACGUAUGAUGCCCUGAAAGUGAUUCCCUUGGGCAUGCUGCUUUAUUACAUUGCUGUGAGUGAUCUUAUUAUUAAACUGCUGACAAUGUUGGUGAAACUGGGAAUUACAAUGUUGCCGCACCAUAUAAUGAGACUUAAAGUUAGGGCGCGCUUAUACGUCUUGGUGGAGUACUCCUCACAGUUCUAUCGGGCACUGACUCCCAUCACCCAAUGGUUUAUGUUUCUCUACGAGUCCUACUCGGGCCUGGAGGUGGUUUCCGGAGGCCUGUUCUCCGCCCUGUAUCUGGGGGCGAAGAUAUUCGAGCUGGUGGACCGUGGCAAGUCGCUUAAAAAAGCCAUUGUGACUUUUAGAAAGAAUAUUGACUCUGAGCGACCGCCAACCAAAGACGAACUUGAUGCAGCGGGUGCAUUGUGCCCCAUAUGCCAUGAUGCCUUCAACUCGCCCAUUGUGCUCGAGUGCGGCCACAUCUUCUGUGAUGAGUGCGUUCAGACCUGGUUCAAGCGAGAGCAGACCUGUCCCAUGUGCCGGGCAAAAGUCAGCGACGAUCCCGCCUGGCAGGACGGCAGCACAACAUACUUCCAUCAGUUGUACUAGCUGCUACCCA